GGGAUUUCCGGCUCGAGGCGGAAGUGAACAGUAUAGGAGCGGUGAGACAUGGAGGAGGUCCAGCGGAGGCAUCCGCGGCGGUCUCUGAAAAAAUUAAGUGAAGACAGUUUGACUAAACAACCAGAAGAGGUCUUUGAUGUGUUGGAGAAACUUGGUGAAGGGUCCUAUGGCAGUGUAUUCAAAGCCAUUCAUAAAGAAUCAGGCCAAGUGGUCGCUAUCAAGCAGGUCCCAGUGGAAUCGGACCUGCAGGAGAUUAUCAAAGAGAUUUCCAUCAUGCAGCAGUGUGACAGCCCUCAUGUGGUUAAGUAUUAUGGAAGUUAUUUUAAGAACACAGACCUGUGGAUAGUCAUGGAAUACUGUGGAGCUGGUUCAGUAUCAGAUCUUAUUCGAAUAAGGAAUAAAACGUUAACAGAGGACGAGAUCGCCACAAUUUUACAGUCCACACUAAAAGGUCUGGAGUAUUUACACUUCAUGAGAAAAAUCCACAGGGACAUCAAAGCUGGAAACAUCUUACUCAAUAAUGAAGGUCAUGCCAAACUGGCUGAUUUUGGAGUUGCUGGUCAGCUUACUGAUACAAUGGCCAAAAGGAACACGGUGAUUGGAACCCCGUUCUGGAUGGCACCUGAAGUGAUCCAAGAAAUUGGAUAUAACUGCGUUGCAGACAUCUGGUCUUUAGGGAUUUCGGCAAUAGAAAUGGCAGAAGGAAAACCACCAUACGCUGACAUUCAUCCAAUGAGGGCUAUUUUCAUGAUUCCCACAAACCCACCGCCAACAUUCCGGAAACCAGAACUCUGGACGGACGAAUUUACAGAUUUUGUAAAGCAGUGUUUAGUUAAAAAUCCAGAGCAAAGGGCUGCUGCGACACAGCUCCUGCAGCAUCCCUUCAUUAAAAGUGCCAAACCUGUGUCAAUACUGCGGGAUCUGAUUAAUGACAUGAUGGAAAUUAAACUCAAACGUCAGGAAGAGCAACAACGAGACUUGGAUCAGGACGAUGAGGAGAACUCGGAAGAGGAUGAUAUUGACUCGGGCACCAUGGUCCGAGCAAGUGCAGAUGAUAGUGGGACCAUGAGAGCGGCCAGCACGAUGAGUGAAGGUGCACGGACAAUGAUCGAGCAUGACAGCUCAACGCUGGACUCUCAGAUGGGGACCAUGGUGAUCAAUAGCGGAGAGGACGAAGAGGAUGGAACAAUGAAAAGAAAUGAGGAGACCAUGCAGCAAAGCAAACCAUCCUUCCUGGAGUAUUUUGAACAGAAGGAGAAAGAAAACCCAGCAAACAGUCACAGUAGUCGAAACGCACUUCAGAAUUCCUCAGAUAACUGGAAGGUGCCUCAGGAUGGGGACUUUGAAUUUUUGAAGAGCUGGAGUGUCGAAGAGCUACAGAGAAGACUCAGCUCACUGGAUCCCACGAUGGAGCAGGAGAUUGAAGAGAUUCGCCAGCGCUACCAGGCCAAAAGACAACCGAUCCUGGAUGCCAUUGAUGCCAAGAAACGGCGGCAGCAGAACUUCUGAGAAACCAAGAGUUCCCACCACCAGGAUGAUGUGCUGAGCUCUCCUUCGUAAGCGCUCAAAACUUUGAGGAUAAACUAUUUGCAGAGCACAUACAUACAUUCUGUUUGUCAACCACAUUCUGUCUCUCUAUCUCCUCGCUCUCACUGUCUCUGUCUCUUUAACACACACACGCACACUCUCUCACACUCUGUCAUACACAGUCUCUCUCUCUCUCUUUCUCUGUUUGUCUCACACACAGGCAGUCUUUGCACACGCUUACUCUUCACAUACUCACGCACUCACUCUUCUCUCACACACACACGUGCAUGCAUAUUUCUCUCCCACACACAAACACACACACUCCAUAGACUUGCUCUCACAUACACGGAGAUUCAUACUGUCAAACUCUCAGCCACCCCCAAAAAAUAGACUUGUACAACCAGACUUUUAUCGCCCAGACAAGAAAUCAAAGUUCUUGGGCUGUGGAUUGUUGUGGCAGCUUGCCCUUUAUUUUCAGGAUUGUAGGUAAAAUAUGUCACCAGGAUGAACAAUGUUUUUAGCUUAUUUUUUAAAAAACUAUUUUUCUAGAAUUUCUACACCCAGAAAUCAUCAUCACUCUGGAAAACUUUCAGCUUUAUAUUUAAUACAGAAACAAAGGAGUCCUCAGAUUACUGGCUUCGCAAUUAUUGGUAAAACAGCUGUAUUUCAGAGUGUCAGCAUCGACUUUCCAUCCUUGACCUCUUUAUCAACUAAACAAAACCUGGCUUUGCUCAACAGGAAAGACUGACAAAUGUAGGCCAUGGAAUGGAAUAAAGAGCAAGGAAUCUCUGAAGGAGAAAGAAGCCAACUGAGCAAGAAGUGUCUCCUUCAGUCUCUCCUCUCGUUGGUUUAUUGGUGUGUCUGUAGUGGUCUUUGUAACAGCGUUUCUUAAAAAUAGCCACUCCCAGAAGUGACUUAUUAACACUGGCUUAAUUUUGAUUCUCCAGGUUUUGACAGUUAUCAGUAAAGGUGUCCAGUGAAGGUGAACAAGUCAACCCCCUCACUCCAAGUAUCCAGCGGUUGGAAAGAUGGAACCUGCAUUUAUGUAGCACCUUUAGCUGUCUCAGGAUCUCCCAGAGUUUUGCAGCCAAUGAAGUACUUUUAAGUGUAGCCGGUGUUACAAUGUAAGGAACAUGGCAACAAUUAGUGCGCACCAAGUAACAAUGAAAUAGUGACCAGAUCAUCCCUCAGCAACAAUGUUAGAUAUGGAAUGGAUAUUGACUAGAAUACCUCCCUUUCUCCUCUUCAAGAUAGCACCAUGCAAACUUUUACAUUGAGCCAUGUGUGCGAGAGCAGAGGGGACUUUUUAAUGUCUCAUCUGAAUGAUAGCUCUGACAGUGCCGAGAGUAUGCUGCACUGUCAGUCUUGAAUUUGUGCUCACAUUUAGAGUGAGUCUGGAAACCACCAGCAUCCAACAUAAAGGUGGGAGUGCUGCCAAAUGUGUUAGUUGAUAUUUUAUUUCCCAGCAUCAGAGGACUGGCAUCAUCUUCUCAUUAACCUUUUGAGUGCUGAGUAUUAUUUGCAUCUUGAAAGAUGCCCACAUCAUCACUCUUGCUAAUGGUGUCACCAGACAGAAGUGUCAUGCUUUAUAAAGUAGCAUUGCCGGCUACACCUGCUAUGAGCCAUCAGUAUUGACCAUUAGUUGUCAAUAGUAACUCAUUUUGUAGUUAUAGAGUCAUAGAAUUGUACAGCAUGUUAACAGACUCUUCGGUUCAACUCAUCCAUGCUGACCAGACAUCCCAAUCUGAUCUAGUGCCAUUUGGCCCAUUUCCCUCUAAAUGCUUCCUAUUCCUAUGCCCAUCCAGAUGCCUUUCAAAUGUUAUAAUUGUACCUGCCUUCACCACCUCCUCUGGCAGCUGGUUCCAUGCAUGCAUCACCCUCUGCGUGAAAAAAAAUUGCCCCUUAGGCCCUUUUUACAUCUUUCCCCUCUCACCUUAAACCUAAGCCUUCUAGCUUUGGAUUCCCCUACCCUGGGGAGAAAGAAAGACCUUGCCUAUUCACUCUAUCCAUGCCCCUAAUGAUUUUAUAAACCUCUAUAGAAGUCACCCCUCAGUCUCUCUCUAUAACUCAAAGCUUCCAACCCCAGCAACAUCCUUUUAAAUCUUUUCUGAACCCUUUCAAGUUUAACAUUGUUAUAGCGGGGAGACCAGAACUGAGUGCAGUAUUCCACAUGAGAUGGUACUUCAACAUUGUAAUAGCACAAACACAGUGAGACAUAAUCUUACAAAUACUUAGUGAUGACUAUUCACAAAAGAAGAAGAUUGAAGAAUAAGGUUGAUGAAGGAAAGUGAAAGUGGACAGACCCAGGGGAACAUAGAGUUGCUCUCUCCUGGAGAGAGGCACCUGGUGGUGAGUUUAACGUGAAGGCCACCACUCCUCAGGCAGAGAAGAGCCACCUUAUCCUCAUGGUGACCUUCGCUAGUACACAAAUCGAACCUGGGUGUUGGUGUCUCCACCUCACAAACUAGCCCUUCGGAAAUGCAUGCCAGUAACAACCUAUCUUUCUCCAUUGCUAAGUGUUCUGUCCAAAUGUUAUUGAUGUCAGUUUUUAAGCAUCUGAUUUCCUUUCAUACCACAAACAUUUACUUAAAUUGGCCACUAAUCUAGUUGGUGGAAUGGCGCUUUCCCAAUCACAUUGUUUGAUUGUAGAAAUACAAAGGUAACAACCCAUUUUAUAUUUUUCUAAAAUGUCUCCAAAUUCAAAUUAAACAUAAGCAUUUUUAAGUAGAUGUGGUUAACGUGGAUUUUUGUCAAGCACAAUUCAUGUUUCAGUCUCACCCGAUCUUUUUGUCAAUUGGGGCUCAAUUAUGCCAGGGAGAGCUGCAAGAUUCCAAGUUUUUAUAACAUUCACAAGGUAUAAUCACGAUAGAUAUGUCUAAGUUGCAGCCAAUGUCGUUUGAGUGUGUGUGUGAGAUCCUGUUAUGCUGCUGUUUGGUUCCAAAGUCAUGACUUAUAAGCAAUGUACUUUACUGAAUGGUACCCUCAUAGUUUAAAAAGAAAUUACCACUAUUGAUUAUGGUUUCUGCUUGUAGAAGGUGACUCAGUGGCUCUGUAUCACUACUUCACCUGUUGUGAACCAUACAUCAGAUGUCCUGAACUUCAAACCCAAUCUGCUACAUGUGCCAAUGGCUACAUUGCUUGUAUUCCAGUCUGAUUUCCUGUCCAAUGAUCACGGUUGCAGAAUGUGCCAUAGACAUCAAGUGAGAAUACAGCAGUUUGGCCUUUCGCUUGUUAUGAUGCCUUUCAUGGCCCAGUCAUCUAUUGGCACUGGCUGCCUAUUAAUAAUGAAAUUGAUCGACAUUGUAUAAUGUCUAUAAUGAUCGCAAAUAUGCCCUAAAAGAAUGCUACCUGGUUAAUUGGGAUUUAUCCUAGAAUAUGCCCGCAGUUGUUUUAUAGUAUAAUAGAUUGUCACUGAGGGGGUUCGGAGCACCAUUAUAAUGCUGAAUUUAGGACAUUAUUCAAUUAAUUUUGUACUGUUGUACUGCUGUUUUCAAAAUGUUGGACAAAUGCUUAUCACUAAGCAGUGGUAUCUACAAUUAUAAUCAAAGAUCAGUAUUUUAUGGCACUGUUCAACAGAUUGAUCAGCUGGCCUGUUUUUCUCUCCAGUCAAAUCCAAAAUCUACUCUUCGCUUCCCAUACCCUGUAAUAUACCACUGAUCGGUGCACGAUAAAACGAGAGUCUCUCAUUACCACCACAGCUAAGAUCUUUACUCUCGACCCCAGAGAUUGCAGCUGACUGCAACAUACUCUCCAUAAAACAAUGGCAUCUUUGGCUUUUGAAGGUGCUAUACAAAUGCAGGAUGGUGUUGAAUGGUAUGUUUGAGACUCUCAGACUUUACCUGACAAUUGCUGAGUUGGGAUGAUGUAACAGAGAGUGGUACAGGCCCAACAUGGGGAGGCUGUUUACAUCUUCGAACCUCUCCAGCAUUCAGGUGCAUCAUGGUUGAUCUGCAUCUAUCCACUUUGGUUUCAUAAACCUGAAUACCAUUACCAAACAAAAUUCUAUCAAUCUCAAUUUUAACCAUUACUAUUGAUGCCUAACUUCAACAGCAUUUUAGGGGCGAGAGUUUCCAAUUUCCACAAUCCCUUGUCUGAAGAAGUGCUUCUUGACAUUGCCACUGAGAUAACCUGGCUCUCAUUUAAGGUUCUACCCCCUUUUAGACUCUCCUCCCCCCGCCACCUCACAUUUUAGACUCUUCUCACCCGCCACUCUGCCCCCUGUUGGAUCCUUUAGUCAGCUUAACGUGCCACAAUUGGAUCAUUUUAAAUGACUGCAUGUUGCUGCCUUUCAAAUCCAUUUGAAGGGUUUCAGAAGAACAGAAGGUGUAAGUGUAAUUCUGACAAAAUGAACUAAAGGACAUUGGUCCUCCUACAGGAAGACCUUUGACGUUACCUUUUGAAACUGCGCUCUGAAGACCCCAUGUGCAUAAACCGGUUGGGCUGCCCCUGGACUAAGUCAUAUUCCCACAUCCAGCUGUAGUGUCUAUUAAAGCUCAUGUAGUUCCACAGCUAGGCCUCCCUGCCUCUGCCUGUAGUGUUAUAAUAUGAUGACAUGAAGGACUCAAAUCACACACCAUUCUAUUUAUUUAAUAUCAUUCUCUGAGUUUUGGAAAUCCAUUUUCAAAGUAUGACUUAAAGAUGCAUAAUGUUUACUGAACGUUUCAAUUAUUCAAUUUUUUAAACUCUGCCUCAAAUUUGAUUCCAAAGUCGAUCAGUAAUAUGAGAAAAUUGAAUUUGAUACAUUUUUAAGUGAAUGGUUCCUCUUUUAGUCGGAUCUGCACAAGAUGAUCUCUGCGAUACAUAAAAAAAACAAGAAACAGUGUGCCUUUUCAAAGAUGUGCUGGACUCCAAUAAAUCUCUUGGGUUUAUUGAGCUCGAUUAAGUGAACACAAAUCUUAUUUCACACCUUUUAAAGGCUUUUAGUUUCUGAGCCAGCACAGUGGUUUUUGGGCAAAUGGAGUUGGAAGCAAACUUUCUUCCCAGCCUCGAAAUAGAAAUGGCAUUUUUGUUUUUAUUAAGUUUGUCAGUUAGCAGGGUAUAAGCGGGUAACAGUAAGAUGCUGGAUCACUAGCUUUUUUUCGUGCUAUUUAGUGAAUAGAGCUGUGGAGACAAUUGACAGGAGGAGAUUGUUUGGUCCUCCGCUCUAUUUUCCUGCUCCAUUUUUGUAGCCCCUGCAAGUUAUUCGCCCCCUUGAUUAUCCCUACAACUUUUGCACAAAUAAAUCCUUCCAUGAAUUUCCCUGAGGAUCUCAUCCCCAAAAUGCUAACUCUUUGACCAGAAUCCAGCUGCCAAUGUUGGUAGGAACAGUUUUUCUUUACCUUUUGUCCAAUCUGUCAGCUCUAAGAGGUCUCCCCCUCAAUCUCCUUUGUUUGAAGGGAAGCAAUCUCCAACCUAACCUUGUUGCUAAAAACACUCUCACCCCGGAACCGUGAUAAUGGGAACUGCAGAUGCUGCAGAAUCCAAGAUAAUGAAAUGUGAGGCUGGAUGAACACAGCAGGCCCAGCAGCAUCUCAGGAGCACAAAAGCUGACGUUUCGGGCCUCGACCCUUCAUCAGAGAGGGGGAUGGGAGUGGAACCAUUCUGUUAAAUCCCUUGUGCACACUGUCAAUGUUAAUGGUCAUUAACACAGCCUAAAGGCAGCUUGCUGGUGAAGCUUAAUGUUGAUCACAGGUUUAAGACAUGAAGGCGGUUUGCACCUGAUAAUUCCGAACUGCUCAGUGUGCUAAAAAAGAUUAUCAUAAUUUUAAUUAGACCAUGUAACCAGCACACCAGAGGUCAGAAUUUAGUGCUUUGAAGAUGUUUGAGGUAAUUUGAAUUCUACAACUUAAACCAAGAGUAGGAAAGUGCAUGUCUCCUAUUUCAAGCAAUGUUCUGUUACUGUCUCCAGGAUAGCCAUAAGGCAUAAGCUUGCAGGUUGAAAAAUUAUCCCCCUCUUAUCAUUAGUCUUAAACUUUCAACUCUGCUUUGUUAAUAGUGCGUGUGAUUGUUAUUUCUCUUAAUUUGUCUACCUUGUGAUUUCAAACUGCAAUCCGGGUCCAAUAACCUCUGCUCUGUCCCUAUAUUUUUACCUUGCUGAACUUGUAUUUUUGCUCUUAUUCAUUUGUUUACUCCUGUAGGUUCACAAAACUGGAACUUCUUGACUCUUUGUGUGUCCUGCAUGCUACAUGUAAAAAAAAAUGCUUUACUUCAAGCUGUGAAAGCCUGUUAGCAAGAACUCCUGCAUCAUCUGCGGUCAAAAACAGAAAUUGCUAGAAAAGCUCAGCAGGUCUGGCAGCGUCUGUGGGGAGAAAUCAGAAUUAACGAGAAGGGUCGUUCAACUCUUUUUUUUUUGGUUUUUGUUUCUGAUUUAUAACAACUGCAGUUUUUUUUUUGUUUCCAUCAUCAGAGAUCUAAUUGCACCAUGGGUAGAGUGGGAUAGCCCAGUCAUUCAGUCCCAACAAGCAAAAUACUUCAGAUGCUGGAAAUCUGACUUAAACUACUCAGGUCAGGCAACAUUCCUGGAAAGCAUGAUAUAAUGUUUGCAUUGGAAUGUCAUAUUGUUGCUAUAUUAUCCAGACAUAAAGCAAUAGUUCUGACCCUUCACUGUUACUGGGACAGACUCCUGCAAAAGCUUCACCUAACAGUGUUGUGGGAGCACUUUCAUCAAGCAUACUGCAGCAGUUCGAUAAGGCACCCUAUCGCUGCCUCUCAAGGCAAGUUAAGGAUGUUCAUCUCAGCUCGGCAAAGCAUGUAAUGACAGAUAAUUUUAAGCAAAUCUUUGCUAGGCUAAGUUGGAACUGUCAGGAAAGCUGCUUUAGUUGAGUCCAGGCAUUGCACCCUCUAAAGAGGAGGCAGGUCGCGUUUGUCACCAUGUCUUAACAACUUGCAUUUGUAUAACCUCUUUUCCAGGACAGCCUGAGGAGGUUCACUUCAACUCAUGCUGGCCAGGCAAUGAAGCCCGAAUCCCACAAAUCAGUGGAAAAAAAACCUCAAACAUUAGCUUAUUGAAUUUGAUACUGGGCCUUGACAGGAGAUAGGAUGAGAGAUGGCUAAAGAGUUGGUUAACAGAGGUAGAUUGAGAGGAAUGUCGUAAAGGAUAUCUGAGUGGGAACUACAGGGUUUCAUAGUAGAAAACAUGAGCAGUGAUGCCUACAUUCCCACUUUGGUGUGUGGGGUGCUUAAAAUAACUAAGGGAAAGAUGCUUUGAAUAUACAGUGUGCCCGUGCCAAAAGGCAUAAGUAUUUUGGUUUCAUUUUAAUCUGUUGAUCCCUUUAAAAUGUCAGUGGUGACUCAUUUUUCUUGUGCGUUGUCUGCAACCUGGAGGUAUAAUGCUAUGUCUCACAAGUUAACAAAGUGUGAAGCUGGGUGAACACAGCAGGCCAAGCAGCAUCUUAGGAGCACAAAAGCUGAUGUUUUGGGCCUAGAACCUCUUGGCCUGCUGUGUUCAUCCAGCUUCAUACUUUGUUAUCUUGAAUUCUCCAGCAUCUGCAGUUCCCAUUGUCCCUUAUCUAUGUCUCACAAGUGUUGAUUGAAAAAUUUAAUUCCAAACUCUGCUGUUUUCACAGAGUUUAGGGUUGGUAAGAAAGGAAGAAAAACCAAAUUAAGCUCAAAUUUGGACCAUUUGAAAUUCCAUUUGUCCAAUUCAGUGAGACUUCACCAUUCUGUUUUCAAUUAAAUCUGUGGUGCAAAUCCUGUGUUACUGUAUUUUCUUUUAUAAAAGCACUGAGGUGGAAAACAUUAAUAUUUUGAAUUUCCAAUUUAACAAUUCAAACUGGGAUUCUAAUUUUCUCAGCAGGUUCUGAUGAGUUCUGGAACUGAGAUUGAAGCCGUCAUUUUUCUUCUAUUUGCAUAUAUGAUACAAAAUGGUCAAUUUAGAUGUGUAUGUUUGUGGAGCUAAACAAAGUUUGUAAAUUUUGCUUUUUUUAAAAAAAAUUCUGUUUAAUGUUAUGUGGCACUUGUUCUGUAAACUUUGUC